CAAGGAGCAGACCAUAGGGAAGCUAACUAAACACAGAGCCUAAUGUCUAGCUACAGUACGACGAUUCUUUGGAUAUGCGUGUCAUAGACCGACCACAGGGAAAGCUUGAUGUCUGCGUUUUGGAAAAGAGAGCCUACUGCUAAUUAAAAGCCAAGUAUAGCCGAGCAUUAGCAUUGACUGGUGACCUUCCCAGCCCAGGUAGUAGGUGGUGAGAAAUCAAGCAAGCAGGACCGCGCCCCCUAGCCUCCCACAAUGGCGCUGUCGGCGCACAACUAACAGAUAACUACUGCCAAAGGUUUGUUUCCGCGGCGAUUAUGCAGAAGCGCAUUCUCCUGCAGAUUGCCACACUUGCAGCGCUCGAAGUUGAUAAUGCCAGAUGCAAGGAACCCCAAAGGUACCAUGCUAAAAGUCGUAGGGGGACUCCAUCAACCCUGUGCCUGGACAUGCAGACAGAAACUGAGUCCCAUCCAACGGCAGACUGUCCUAGAGAGAACGAUCGUCGCUAUCGUUCAGGCAAAACGAUGAGCUUAUACUGGAGUAUUCCCCGUCCAAUGAAAUUCUCGGGUAAGGCUGCUCACCGAUCCUCCUCCGCUGGACCAAAAUUUGUUGUGGAAGCGGCCAUCGUGAGAAAAGUCACCGAAUGUGAGUAUCUGCAAGGCAGGAAGACCCGUAGGUCCAAAAGCCCACUGAGAAAGCAGGAGGAAAUCUUGGGCUUCCGACCGUCUCCGAGCGGGCUUGGAAAAUCAGACCGUGGAGCGUGGCUCGGUGAUGUAUGGCAUCGCCAAGACCCGGCAGGAACCGAGGAAAGUUGACCACCUUCAGUCACCGACGUUGUAGGCAUUUAUAUUGCCAAAUGUAUUUUUUGACUUUGCGC